GGAUGAAAGAUACUACAUAAAUAAAAUACUAGACUAAAUUUAAAAGGCACAAAAUUCAAGGGUUUUUUUUUUAUCUUUCAUUGACCUUCUCUCCCUGUUUCAAUUUCUGGGUAUUGCUCAAGCUUUUGAAAGGCUGCAGCCUUAGAGUCUUUUGUUUAUACAAGCUUCUGGGUGGUCUCAAUUCCGUAGUGUUAGGUAAGUUUUGGUGGUGCACGGAAAUCCGAAGCUUUUUGUCCCUCCUGAAACUUUUUAUGUAUACCGAGGUUUCGUUUGGGAAUUUGGGAUUUUGCAAAGUUUGGUUCUUUCUCUUUAAUUGGAGGGAUUUGUUGGUAAAGCAAGAGAAAUAUCUUGGCUUGCUUUUGAGAAGUUGCUUUAUAGCUUAUAUUUGAAAGGUUUUAGUUGAUUCAGUGAAGAAAUCCUUUAGGGGCUUAUUUGGGUUUUUGGAAGAUAAAGUAGGGCUGAUGGUGGUGAUGAUGGUGAUUCACGGGCAGUAGAACAGUGAAUAUCGGUGCAGAAAACGGUAAUAAAGCUGUGACGGGGAUGCCGAGCUACGUUCCUACUAUGCCAACUUCCAAUUCAAAUAUUGUUUACUUUUGGAACAUAUGGUCCUGAUGAAUAUGGAUUUCAGUGGCACAGAAGCAAACAACAUUCAUUCUUCUCGACUUUCUGAUUUUGGUGCACUUGAGCAAACCCUUGGAUUUCGCAUAGAGGAUGCUGUUAACCUUAGCAGAAAUCCUGUCUUUAAUCAAAUAAAGUCAAAUAGUCAGUCAGUAGCUGCUGAUGCCCAAUUAGGUGCUCUGAAUAAGACAUCUGCAGAGGCCAACCUGUCUGCUUCCAUUGUGGGGUCCCAGGUGCUCCCACUGCAAAAGGAUCCACAGUCAAAUCUUGCAUCAGUAUCUGGUGGUCACAGAGAGAACUGGGGCGAGUCCAAUAUGGCAGAUGCCAGUCCUAGAACUGAUACUUCAACAGAUGACACAGAUGAUAAGAAUCAAAGGUUUGAAAGAGGUCAGGGGAACACUGUUAUGGCUUCUGAUUCCAGUGACAGAUCAAAAGAUAAAACAGAUCAGAAGACCUUGCGCAGGCUUGCUCAAAAUCGUGAAGCUGCAAGAAAAAGCCGGUUGAGGAAAAAGGCAUAUGUGCAGCAACUGGAGAGUAGCCGGCUGAAGCUUACACAACUUGAGCAAGAGCUCCAGCGAGCUCGUCAGCAGGGCAUAUUUAUUUCAAGUUCAGGGGAUCAAUCCCAAUCCAAUUCAAUGAGUGGAAAUGGUGCACUGGCAUUUAAUGUGGAAUAUGCACGGUGGCUUGAAGAGCACAACAGGCAGAUAAAUGAACUUAGGGCUGCUGUUAAUUCACAUGCUGGUGAUACUGAACUUCGGACUAUUGUUGACAAUGUCACAGCACACUAUGAAGACAUUUUCAGGCUAAAAGGUAUUGCAGCAAAAGCUGAUGUUUUCCACAUUUUAUCGGGAAUGUGGAAGACACCAGCAGAGCGGUGUUUCAUGUGGAUUGGCGGCUUCCGUUCGUCAGAGCUUCUUAAACUUCUUUCAAGUCAAUUGGAGCCUUUAACCGAGCAACAGCUAGUGGGCAUUUACAACCUCCAGCAUUCAUCCCAGCAGGCCGAAGAUGCUCUGUCGCAAGGAAUGGAACAAUUGCAACAAUCUCUAGCUGAGACAUUGGCCAAUGGCACACCAAACCCAUCAGGAUCAUCUGUGGUUAUGGCAAACUAUAUGGGUCAAAUGGCCAUGGCAAUGGGAAAACUAGGGACGCUCGAGGGGUUCCUUUCCCAGGCUGAUAAUCUGCGUCAGCAGACACUACAACAAUUACACCGUAUAUUGACAACAAGGCAAUCAGCACGUGCUCUUCUUGCCGUAAAUGACUACUUCUCCAGGCUUCGAGCUCUCAGUUCUCUCUGGCUGGCACGGCCACGGGAGUGAGAUGCAGGUGUUUCCAUCUUAUGAAUCAACCAACUGCCCUUAAAAAGCUUAGUGUUCUCUCAAAGAAAUGCUCCUAUUUGCAAUUAGCUGGGUUACUUCUCUCUUCAACUUCGAUUUGAUAGCCUUUCAGGACACAACUACCCCACAGCAAGGAUGAUUUUACUGUGUUUAUAGGUCUGUUUUGUCAAUUGCAACUUUAAGAUAUGCUUGCUCUAGGUGUUGAAUGCGCAUUGCUUAUGUUGUAUAAUGAUAGUGCAAUAAAACUAAGGAUCAUUGAUGAUGCUAAAAUGAAGAAAAGAUAGUUGAACAUGUAAAAUAGGUUAAACCUAUCAAUUUGUAUACCAUAAAUUCAGCUUGAGGUAGGACCAAAAUAGUCUGUUUAAAGGUUGUUCUAAUUUCCUUAGAAUUUAUUAUGUGAAUAAAUGUUUUUAUUGACG